UUGGGCGCAGCUCCGAUUGACAGGACACGUGUGUGGACUGUACUGAUCUCAGGGCCAGGCUGCCUGCCUGUGGUGUGUGGUGUGGGGGGGAAGGCCUAGGGCAGCAGAAGCAGGACAGCCACACAGGCCGGACGGGGUACCAGCGCCUCGACUUCUCUCCUUGGGACGCUGUCCAAACUCCGAGGGCCAUAGGCCAAGCUGAGCGAUGGGUGCUGAGGAGGAGGUGCUGGUCACACUGUCAGGGGGAGCCCCCUGGGGCUUCCGACUUCAGGGGGGGGCCGAGCAGAGGAAACCUUUACAGGUGUCCAAGAUCCGAAGACGGAGCCAGGCGGGCAGAGCAGGACUCCGAGAGAGGGAUCAGCUUUUGGCCAUCAAUGGGGUCUCCUGCACCAGCCUCUCUCAUGCCAGUGCUAUGGGCCUUAUCGAUGCCUCAGGGAAUCAGCUUGUUCUCACUGUGCGGCGGGUAGAGGACGAGGGACCUGUGCGAUCUCCAUCCCCGGGUGAGCUUCAGGCACGGUCACCCUUGUCUCCACUGAGUCCUGAGCCCCCAGGAGCUCCAGUUCCCCAGCCUCUCCAGCCCGGGAGCCUCCUCUCGCCCCCUGACAGUGAGGCUUACUAUGGAGAGACAGACAGUGAUGCUGAUGGCCCAGCCACCCAGGAAAAGCCCCGCCGACCCCGCCGCCGAGGCCCCACAAGGCCCACCCCUCCAGGAGCCCCACCGGAUGAGGUCUACCUGUCUGACAGCCCUGCAGAGCCGGCACCUGCUGUCCUUGGCCCUCCCAGCCAGGGUGACAGUCGUGUGAGCUCCCCAUCUUGGGAGGAUGGGACAACUCUUCAGCCACCCCCUGCCGAAGCCCUGCUGUUGCCCCAUGGCCCCCUCCGGCCUGGCCCUCAUCUCAUCCCUAUGGUGGGGCCUGUUCCCCACCCAGUGGCAGAAGAUCUUACCACCACCUAUACCCAGAAGGCCAAACAAGCCAAGCUACAAAGGGCAGAGAGCCUCCAAGAGAGGAGUGUGAAGGAGGCCAAGACCAAAUGCCGGACGAUUGCAGCCCUGCUCACCGCAGCCCCCAACCCCCACUCCAAGGGGGUACUGAUGUUUAAGAAACGUCGGCAGAGAGCCAAGAAGUACACCUUAGUGAGCUUUGGGGCUGCCGCGGGGACCGGCGCUGAGGAGGAGGACGGCUUGCCUCCAACCAGUGAGUCCGAGCUGGACGAAGAGGCUUUCUCCGACGCCCGCAGCCUCACCAACCAGUCCGACUGGGACAGCCCCUACCUGGACAUGGAGCUAGCCAGGCCGAGCUCAGGCACAGCAGAGGACCGGGGGCUGGGAGGGCAGCUGAGUGAGGCCUCCGGGCGAGGGGCCCAACUCUUUGAACAGCAGCGCCAGCGCGCAGCCUCCAUCACCCAGCAGCUGGCCCAGGAAGGUCCAGUGGCCACGCUCAACGGGCAGGGCCUGCAGUCUCCACCUCGGCCACAAAGCGCUCCGCCAGAGGCGGCUCUGCUCCCAUCCAGCCCUUCGCCAGCCCCUGUGGCCAGCCCCAGACCUUUCCUCCCUGGCUGUGGAACCUCUACCUCAGUUCCAAGCAUAUUUAACCGUUCAGCUAGGCCCUUUACUCCCGGUUUACAAGCGCAGCGGUCAGGUACCACCUCUGUGAUUUUCCGGCCUCUAGCUCCCAAGAGGGCAAAUGAGAGCCUGGGAGGCCUCCCCUCCGCCCCACCGCCUUUCCUGUCUCCUCCGCAGGGUACCACUCCCGUGCCCAGCUUCACUUCAGGGGUUCCCAGCCACGUGCCAGUCCCCGCUUCCCCCAGCACCCCACGUCCCCCCGGCCCCGUGACGGCCACCAGCUCCCUCUACAUCCCAGCCCCUCAACGUCCUGUUACACCAGGCGGAGCCUCAGAGGCCCCCGCCCCCGCUAGCGGAGCUGCCAUGACCUCCACCGCUUCUAUCUUCCUGUCGUCGCCUCUGAGACCUGCUGCGCGCCCAGAAGCGCCUGCCCCUAGCUCUGCGGCCCCUGAGCCCCCCAGCGCUCGGGAGCAACGCAUCUCCGUGCCAGCUGCUCGCACGGGCAUCCUCCAGGAGGCCCGGCGUCGGGGAACCCGAAAGCAGAUGUUCCGGUCAGGAAAUGAGGAGACGAAGAACUCGCCCAACCCCGAGCUGCUAUCGUUGGUGCAAAACCUGGAUGAAAAACCCCGGGCUGGGGGAGCGGAAUCUGGUCCCGAGGAGGAUGCUCUGAGCCUCGGGGCUGAAGCCUGCAAUUUCAUGCAGCCACCAGGCGGCAGGAGUUACAAGACGUUGCCUCACGUGACAGCUAAAACACCGCCUCCAACGGCUCCCAAGACCCCACCCCCUACGACUCCUAAGACUCCACCCCCAGUGGCUCCUAAGCCCCCUUCUCGAGCGUUCCUCGAUGGGUUAGUGAACGGGGCGGCCCCUUCGGCUGGAAUCCCUGAAACACCAAGGCUUCAGGGGAGGGGUGGGGAGCUGUUUGCCAAACGUCAGAGCCGAGCGGACAGGUAUGUGGUGGAAGCUCCACCUGGUCCUGGCCUUGGCCCUCGGCCCAGAAGCCCUUCUCCGACCCCUUCACUGCCCUCUUCCUGGAAAUAUUCACCCAAUAUACGUGCCCCACCUCCUAUUGCUUACAACCCACUGCUCUCACCCUUUUUCCCCCACGCUGCCCGAACUCACCCUAGUAAGACCCAAUCCCAAGGGCCUCGGGCAGCCACUAAGCAGGGCAUCAAGGCUCUGGAUUUCAUGCGGCACCAGCCCUACCAACUUAAAACUGCCAUGUUCUGUUUUGAUGAGGUUACCCCGACUCCUGGACCCAUCUCCUCAGGGCCUCCCAAAACUGCCAGAGUCCAGGAGAUCCGCCGAUUUUCAACUCCAGCGCCCCAGCCCACUGCGGAACCCCUGGCCCCCACUGUGCUUGCCCCCAGAGCGGCCACUACAUUGGAUGAGCCCAUCUGGAGGACAGAGCUGGCCUCAGCCCCCAUCCUUAGCCCACCCCCUCCUCCAGAGUCUCCCAGGGGUCUUGGGACUUCCCCCAGCUCCUGUGGCUUCCAAGUAGCCAGGCCCCGGUUCUCAGCUACCAGAACAGGAUGGCAGGCUCAUGUGUGGAGACCUGGGGCGGGCCACCACUGAACAGGGCACAGCUCCCAGGACCAAGGGGAGGUGGAACAUCCAGUUCCUAAAAUUGCUUCUCCUUCCCAACACUCUCCCUGCGCCCACUCCCUCCCCUCCCCCCGCCCCAAGCAGGCUAAAUUCCCCCUGCCAGAGAUAGUUUUGGAGUUGGUGUCCUGUUCCCCAGCUUCCUCCUGGCUCCCAACCUCCCUGCUGCCUUCCAGCCUACUCUCUCUGCUUUGGUGUCUGUGCUUCUCUUCGUAGUUCCUUGCCUGGAUCUCUGUCUUUAGGUCUCUUCACCUACACUCCUGUGCUGGUCCCUAUUUCUCUACAUUUGUGCCUUUUUCUGUGGGCCUUGUUUUAACAUUCAAUGAGAAACACACAGGGAAGUUACUACUAAGACCUCAGGUGAGAAGCUUACCACCAGACAGGCAGCAAAGGGACUGACUGACCCCCUAUUUGCAUUAAGUUACUUGCUGUUCCUCACUCUUCUUUCCCAGCUUGGCGGGUAUAUUCCUCGGCAUGUGUAUGUCUGUGAAUGUGUGUGUAUGUGCAAGUGUGUGCAUGAACACAGAUGUACUCUUCUGUCUGAGGCAAGAGUAAGAGGAGAAGUCUACAUAAAGACCCAAUCUGGGUCUCACCUUUGCACUGAUGAAGGAAGAGUCAGUUGUCCUCACAUAGAGGACAUAGAGGUUUGUUCUCACAUAGAAUGUCUGGAGGGGAGAAAGAGAUUGACUAGAGUUAAAUAUCAUCAUCUGCAGCAAAUGUAGAGCAUCUUGUGAAAUUUACAGAGUGUGAGGAGACACGAAGGACCAGGGCAGUUUGUAUGGGUUGAGUUACAUCAGUUAGACCAGCAAUAGAACUAAGAAUUCUGUUCCUCAGGAUUUCAGAAAGCUAACAACUUGAGAGGCCCAUGCUGAGCAACAAAGCAUCCAGGAAAUGAAAGAAAAUCUCCUCUGAGAAUGACCAAAUCAUUGGCUUCAUGGCCUCAUGAACCUAAGACAGAAAGGAAGGGGAAAAGAACCUUAAUGUGGCAAGUAAGGUAGAAGCCAGAAGCAGGACAGAAAUGAAUGAAAUUGAUUGAGACUUAGAGAGGAGCAUGGUUAGGGUGAGUGCAGUGUUGGUAGAGUAAUAUUGGAUAAUAAGAAACCAGUCGUGUACGAAAGGGGGACUGGGAGAAAAUGAGGAAGAAAUAUGUAUUUGUUAGAGAGAAGGGGGAUGAUGGUAGAGGGAUGCGAGAAUGUGUGCUGAAUGUUGAAAAAACAGGUAUAUCUGUGUUCCCUCCUGUGAAUCUGUUCCUCUUAUCUUCUGCAGCUUGUCAUAACUACCUGGGAAAGGGUAAGGAAACACCCAGAGCCAAAACCUCUUUUUAGUGCUACCCCAUCCCGUAAAUCCUAGCUCUUACUCCUUUCCAGGUUGAGGUCCUGAUCUCUGUCCUAGAGAGAUACGGACUCCCCUCUCACCAUGACCACCAGUCACUUUUGCUGCUUGACCUGGAAACUGAUCAUUUCCUUUGCAUAUUGAGUGUGAACCACAGUGCUUUGGUUUGUGCACAAGAAUAAACUUAUGCCCUGUAUCUUC